UGAACCCACUGAUUUACAUUAGCGAGUGACUUGCUGUUGAAUUUGGCAUCAAUUUCCAGCCAAUCUGGUACAUGUCUGUCUUUAGAUUAGAAGCCAGCCCUGUAUCUCCUUGACGAAUCCCUUCUGUUCACCCGGUCCUGUCACUCAGAACUCACCAGCCAAUCAGAGCCUCGAACAGACCCGCCAGUCAGAUGGGAGGGCUCUUCUGGGAGUCAACUUCCUUUCAGAGGUUCAGCUCUCUCAAGCACUGCAGCUCAGGAUCUCUCCAGGGCGGAUAGCAUGUAGGCUUGGCAGCUGCACCAUGAAUGCAGUGACCUAUGAUGACGUGCAUGUCGACUUCACUUGGGAAGAAUGGACCUUGCUGAAUCCUUCCCAGAAGAGUCUCUACAAAGAUGUGAUGGUGGAGACCUACAGAAACCUCACUGCUAUAGGAUAUAAUUGGGAAGACCAUAAUACUGAAAAACAUUGUCAAUGUUCUAGAAGACAUAAAAGGUAA